AUCGGCCACUGUACGAGGCCUGCUAACUCAAUGUCGUACCCUUCUUCCAUGCCGCCUACCACCUAUGAUAAUUAAUCUAACCCUCCUCGUAACCCUAAGAGCAAAACGAUCAACGGUUACCGUAGCACCAUGCAAUCUUCCCUUGCGUUGCUCGUAUGCCAAAUCUGACAUACAUAUUCGUGUAUCACAGAAGCACCUGGGGGAACUCACAGCAGGCGGGGCAUCCUGCUUGGUGCCUCCGCAGUUUAAAGCCUCGCUUCUUCCGUACACUGGAGCAGCUUCAGCUUUGGGGUUUUCAUGCACUUACACUUUCAACUCAUCAUCAUCUCGAUUCAUCCGUCCGACCUGACUUCAACCUUCCGGCCCUUUGCUGUAGCUCGAACUUUUGCCGGCACGCCUACGCCAGCAUGGACCCCGGGUAUCUGGAUCGCACGUCGGUGAGACCACCACCUCCGGGACGCACAUCUGACUUCGUCAAUCCCGAAGACAGGUCUCACCAGUUAAUUAUUCUAAUCGCCAUCCUUUCCGCUCUUAUCGUCCUACUCGUGUCCUUACGUGUCUAUGCUCGCCAAAAAGUCACUCGUUCGUUCGGUGCAGAUGAUUGGAUUUGUAUUGUUGCGACGAUCCUUACCUUGUCCUAUUCCGGAGUCAUUCUCCAUCUUCUCUUCAGACCAGGCGGUGGGAUACUAGGCAUUCACCUUUGGGAUGUGCCACUCUCACAUUAUAUGGCGUACCAAAAGGGAUCCUUGGCCGACUCCAUUCUCAUUCGGAUUGCCAAUACCACAAUUAAGAUUGGGUUUCUGGCCUUCUACCAUCGAUUGUUCAGCCCCAUCACUUAUAUUCGCUAUAUGGUGUGGGGAGGCAUGGCUGCGGUAAUCACCUUUAGUGUUAUCUUCGUGAUCAUCGACAUCGUGGCAUGCGCCCCAUUUCCGAGAGAGAACUGGCUCUCCCCCUCGCUCCAUGACCGCUGUGGUCGCAUAGCGAUAGAUCUUAUCACUGCGGCCGUUUCUUUCAGCUUCAUAACCGACCUUUACAUCUUAUUUAUCCCUCUCCACCAGGUGCCGAAAUUAGGUCUGUCGAAAAGGCGGAAGAUAGGGGUCAGCCUUAUUUUUCUCACGGGGUUAUUAGCAGCUGGGGCAGCUCUGACCAACCUGAUCAUCCGGUCAGAUAGGAGGGUCUUUGACCCGUCAGAUUUCACAUGGACCAUAGUCCCGGUGUAUGCAACUAGUUUAAUCGAGAUCAACGUUGGACUCAUGUGUUUGUGUCUCCCAGUCGUAUUUGUUCUAUUUAUAGGCCGCUUCACCGACCUGGGAAACUCCGUAAGCUCUUGGAUCAGAGAAUGGCGUAGUCCUCGCCAAAGUAUGGGCGAAAGUUCUUCAAAUCUCUCACCAGGAGACGGCGCCACGCCGCCACCGCAGCUUGCGCCCGUACCAAGCGACGCAGGCCUUUCGGGAAUGCGUAAGUUUAUCCGCGACAUCUACCGCUCUCGGGCGCAGCCAUCGGCGCGUGGAGAGGCCACCCUAACGACUUUCGACGACCUAACCUCGGCUGAUCUCAGCUACCACCUCCAACUAAAAGCAAUGAAAUCUGAACAGAUCGAAAAGAGUCGAAAUGCGAGUUAAAGUGAGGUGGAAGGGCUGCUAGAUAUUCAUGUUCGGCUUUCCGGGGUUGAGCGCAGAAGGAAAUUUCCCCAAAAUACAUCAACGAAACCACCACAAAUAGCCCAUGUUACCGAGGAACCUUUCAUCACAGUAUGAUGACUCGUCCCGCCACAAUUGCCUCGACUUAGGUAGACGAGAUGAACAUCUAGACAAGCCACAGGCCAGAAAUCUACCUAAUAUUCCUUCGUUUUCGGCG